AUGCAGUUUGUCUUGGUGCAGGACUGGAAUAGCGGCAGAGAUAAAAUUCGUUCUCGAGAACAUACAACUCCAGCGAAAGUGGUGAGGGCUGCCAACCCAAGACAGCGGAAAGGAAGCAAGGUUGGUGACUUCGGUGAUGCCACAAAUUGGCCAACACCUGGAGAAAUAGCCCACAAGAGUGUCCAGCAGCCGCACAAAGCACCGCCCCUCCGGAAACUGCCUGUCAAGAAAGACAUGAAAGAGCAGGAGAAAGGGGAUGGGAGCGACGGCAAAGAGAGCCUGAAAACCAAAUCGGAUGAGUCUGGAGAGGAGAAGAAUGGCGAUGAUGACAACCAGAAGUCAGCCCAGAAGAAGAAAGGCAACAAACACAAGUGGGUCCCUUUGCAGAUAGACAUGAAGUCAGAGGUGCCUAGGGACAAAACGGCCUCUCGGAACAACCGGCAAAACGAGCAGCACAGGCACCCCUCCAACAACCGCAGCGAGCUGAAAGGCUGGCACCCGGACAACAAGCAUGAACGCAGCUGGCAGGACCACGAUGAAACCUCCAGCGUGAAAAGUGAGGGAGGAGCGGUGCGAGGGGCCUUCCGGGGCCGAGGUCGGGGCCGUGGCAGGGGCCGGGGCCGUGGCAGAGGAGGUGAUCACUCUUAUUUUGACUACCAGUAUGGGUACCGGAAAUUCGAGGGCUCAGAUGGCUCCCGCACCCAGAAGUAUGCUAGCAACAUCACUUACUACUUCGACAACAUCAGCAGCGCCGAGCUCUACAGCGUGGACCAGGAACUGCUCAAGGACUACAUCAAGCGGCAGAUAGAAUAUUACUUCAGCGUGGACAACCUGGAGCGAGACUUCUUCCUGCGUCGCAAGAUGGACUCGGAUGGCUUCCUUCCCAUCACCCUGAUUGCCAGCUUCCACCGGGUGCAGGCGCUGACCACCGACAUCAACCUCAUCAUCAAGGCUCUGAAGGACAGCAAGGUGGUGGAAAUCGUGGACGAGAAGAUCAGGAGAAAAGAACAGCCAGAAAAAUGGGCUCUGCCUGGCCCUCCUAUGGCAGACUACACACAAACAGACUUCUCGCAGUUCAUCAACUGCCCUGAGUUUGUGCCCCGGCAAAGCUUUCAGAAAGAGACAGAGUCUGCUCCUGGCUCCCCGCGUCCCGCCAGCCCAGUCCCCACCAAAACAGAGGAGGUCAGUAACCUGAAGACGAUGCCCAAGGGCCUGUCCGCAAGUCUGCCAGACCUGGAUUCGGAGACGUGGAUUGAAGUGAAGAAGAGACCUCGGCCCUCCCCAGCCAGGCCCAAGAAACCAGAGGAGUCAAAGACACCACAGCAGCAGAAGCAGAAGGACCAAGAUGAACCUGAGGAGCUAGACUUCCUUUUUGAUGAGGAGAUGGAACAGAUGGAUGGCCGCAAGAACACCUUCACCGACUGGUCGGAUGAAGAUUCAGAUUAUGAGAUCGAUGAUCGGGAUGUGAACAAGAUCCUCAUCGUGACACAGACGCCUCCUUACCUGCGCCGGCAUCCUGGUGGGGACCGGACUGGCAACCACACAUCCAGGGCUAAAAUGAGCUCAGAGCUGGCCAAGGUGAUCAACGAUGGGUUGUACUACUAUGAGCAGGACCUGUGGACAGAGCAGUUUGAACCAGAGUAUUCGCAGAUCAAGCAAGAAGUGGAGAACUUCAAGAAGGUGAAUAUGAUCAGCAGGGAGCAGUUUGACACCCUGACGCCAGAGCCCCCUGUGGAUCCAAACCAGGAAGUCCCUCCUGGUCCCCCCAGGUUCCAGCAAGUACCUACAGAUGCUUUGGCUAACAAGUUGUUUGGAGUCCCCGAGCCUUCAACCAUCGCCAGGUCUUUGCCUACAACUGUACCAGAAUCACCCAACUACCGCAACGCCAGGACCCCCCGGACCCCUCGCACACCUCAGCUGAAGGACCCGACGCAGACGCCCCGGUUCUACCCGGUGGUGAAAGAGGGCAGGACGAUAGAUGCCAAGACUCCGCGGAAGAGGAAGACAAGGCACAGUUCAAACCCUCCGAUGGAGUGCCACGUGGGCUGGGUGAUGGACUCUCGGGAGCACAGGCCCCGAACUGCCUCCAUCAGCUCCAGCCCCUCGGAGGGGACCCCGGCCGUCGGAAGCUACGGCUGCACCCCGCAGUCCUUGCCCAAGUUUCAGCAUCCUUCACACGAGCUGCUCAAGGAGAACGGCUUCACGCAACAUGUCUACCACAAGUACCGUCGGCGCUGCCUUAACGGUAAGCAUCACUUCAACAAGAAAAUGUAUGAGGAAUUCAAGCAACUGGCUGUGGAGGAUGGGAAGGAGGGAUACAGGUACGGUCUGGAGUGCCUUUUCAGAUACUACAGCUAUGGGCUGGAAAAGAAAUUCCGGCCAGACAUAUUUAAAGACUUUCAGGAAGAGACCAUCAAGGAUUACGAAGCUGGACAGCUCUAUGGGCUGGAAAAGUUCUGGGCCUUCUUAAAAUAUUCCAAAGCCAAAAAUCUGGACAUUAACAGCAAACUGCAAGAAUACCUCAGCAAGUUCAAGCGCCUCGAGGACUUCCGAGUGGAUCCACCCAUGGGGGAGGAAGGUGGACACAAGAGGUACCCUACGACAUCAGGGGGAGAUGGCAGAAAGCGCUACCCAUCCCAGUCUUCCAGCAAAACGGUCAGCCAGUGCCCAUCCAGCCAAGCCCACGCCUCGCCCAGCCAGCCUGCACAAGAGGAUGCCAAAAACCUGAGCCAGCAAUCCCCCGCCCCGUCGGCUGCAGAAUCGCAGACAGUGGGGAAGUAG